AUGGAGGCCCAAUUUCAAGCGAAUGUCAAGACCGACAUCUCCUCUCAGGUGCCGUUGGAAAAUGAGCAUUGGCGGCGGUCAGUGGAUUCCAACACCAUCAAAGCAUUCGAUCAGAACAUCUCUAGGAAUAGCCCAGAGGAAUCUCAGCCGUCCAUUGGAGCAUUCGAUUCAAAGUGUCCUGGAAACAUGUCUAGGCCCAAGUUCGCAGAGCCCCAGGUGAAUUGCGAUCUCUCUCACUUUAGCGGCCAGAGAAUGAAAGCUCGUGCACAGAAAGCCAGCCUCGAGGAGGAUGUACAAAGCCUCGAAGCCUUUCGCAAGAUGCCGUUGUCCGAGAUGAAACAACUGACUGUGGACUUCGGAGACAAAUAUCGAGGCCAGAGCUAUCUGAAGGCCUUUCAGGACAGCCGUUGGGCCGAGUGGUUCGUGUCCACGUACACCAAGAGCAACAAGCCUGCACACCAGAAGUUCCUGAUCUUCGUGGAGAAGCAACUGGAUGCCGAAACCGGGAAUUGUCCGAGCCCGGACAAGAUGAAUCCCAGUGGAAGCAAAAUGAUCUUCUCCAAGACCAAGACCCCUGUGAAGGUGUCUCCAGAUCCCAGUCUGAUCGAGUGGGACAAUGUGUCAGAGGAAGAAAUGCCCAACAGUCAUGUGAUGGAUCUACAGGAACAGAUGACCAACAUGCAGGCCAAUCACCACAACAUGCAUCAGAGGAUGUGUGGGAUCGAGAAUGCGAUUCAAGACCUGAUCGCUCACAUCAAGGGCAUCCAGGUGAAGGCCGAGAUGUGA